GUCGUCACUCUCCUCAAUGACCUCUACACCUGCUUUGAUGCCAUUAUAGAUAAUUUUGAUGUUUACAAGGUGGAGACAAUAGGUGAUGCCUACAUGGUGGUUUCAGGAUUGCCGGUACGGAACGGGAAACUGCACGGUCGUGAGAUUGCACGCAUGUCCCUUGCUCUAUUGGAGGCUGUCAAAACAUUUAAGAUUCGCCACCGACCUGAUGAGCAGCUCAAAUUACGAAUCGGCAUUCACAGUGGUCCUGUGUGUGCAGGCGUAGUUGGACUGAAGAUGCCUCGGUACUGUCUUUUUGGAGAUACAGUGAACACAUCUUCUCGUAUGGAGUCGAAUGGAGAAC